AAAGAUUUAUGUCAUUGCUCUUAAUUGGGAUAUGAAUAAAGAAGUGAUCUAGAUUAUCCCCGCCCCCUGAACCCUUUUUUUUUUCCUGUCGCUUAUUUAUGACGUAAUUUGGUUGUCGUUAAGGUACAGUGUCUGUGUAACAGCUGAGAUUAAAUAAAUAAAAGUAAAUAAUUUGCCAAAAAGUUAGAGUAUAGUUUUAUUGUUAUACAAAGUACUGCAGUGUAAUUCAGUCCAACUCUUCGUUAUUAAUCUGUUCAGAAAGAACUAGAAGCCAAAUCUACAUAAUGAUUAGCCAGAGUGUAAAAAGUACAAGAGCUUAAUCGUUUGCUGAGUUACUCCUGAGAAGAAACUCGAGUACCAUGGCUCACAGGCUGUUUGAGGAGAAACACCAUGCGUCGAUUUACCAAAAGUAUCGCAUAGUUCCACCCGAUAGGGUUUUGGAGCUUAUUCUGGAGUUCCUGAACAAGAAGAAGGGACCUCCUCACGAGCUGGCUGUGGACCUGGGCUGUGGGACGGGACAGAACACUCGUCUGCUGGCCUCUCAUUUUCAAAAAGUGGUGGGUAUUGAUGUGAGCGAAUGCCAAGUGGAGGAAGCCAGAGCAGUGCCAGGGUUUGCCAACGUAACCUACAGGUCCGGUCCAGCCGAGGAGCUGCCAUUUCCUGAUGGCUCUGUGGAUUUACUGACUGCAGCGUCUGCGGCUCACUGGUUUGAUACCGAGCCUUUCCUGAAGGAGGCAGCACGUGUAUUGAAGCCUCAUGGCUGCAUCGCUCUUCUGGGCUACACUGAUGAAUUCAGUCUGCAUUAUGGCACCUGCGGUGACAAACUGAACAACAUCUGUGCAGAGGUACGGAAAGUUAUCAAACCUUAUGCUAGUCCUCGGGUGGUUAUAGCCAAUAGCCGACUGCAAGCUUUAUUUGACGCGAUACCCUUCACUGACAAAGAGAGGAUCGAAAGAAUCCCACUGAAGAUGGAGAUGACGGUUGCAGGCGUAGUCGGCUUCGUGGAGUCUUUCUCUUAUUGUCAGACCUACUUUAAGACAGAUCCCCAAGCUGCAGCUGCUCUUUUAGCGUCAAUGAUGACACGCCUUCUAGAGGAAAUGGGCGUCUCUUCACCGGACACCAAGUUAGAGUUCAUAACGGACUACUACUGUGUGCUGGCGUGUAAACCACAGUGAAGAGAACCACUCUGUUUUGAGAGACGAGGAUCACUAGCGCACUAGUAAAAGAAAUCUACCUUAUCUACCACACAUUUGCACCAUAUUAAAUGUUAAGAGAUAGUAAACUGUGUCUAGACGACUAGUCAAAUGAUGAUAAAUAAAACUUUUAUUUUGCA